CUCAUUAUGACAGAGUACCUUGUUGAUCAAGAAAAAUACUUAUAUUGGAUUCUGUUACAUAUGUUCAUAGUAUUAUGUAUUGGAAUGAUUAUAAUGUUGGGAAUAGGUACAGUGCUCAUCUCAUAUCUUCAACAUACCUGUGGAAUGUUUAAAAUUGCUAGCUAUCGUAUUAAGCAUGCAGUGAACAUUGAUGUUCCACAAAAUGUAACGAUAAAAAAUAAAACUUUGAUGAUCGAAGGUAUAAUUUAUGCUGUAGACAUUCAUCGUCAAGCUAUGAAAUUGUUGAAGCAUUUUAUGACCACAUUCGAAAUAAUGACAUAUUGUAUCACUGGAUGUCUAGUAAUUUGUUUUAGUUUUAAUAUGUUUCAAGUAAGUUUACGGUUUCAUGUAAUAAUAUAUGAGAAUUGCAUUGAAAUUAUGUGUUACUAA